AUGAUCUUCUGCUGUUCUGAUGCUGCAUGGCAGGCGACGACAAACAGGGCAGGUUGUGGUUGGAUUUUCACAGAUCAUCAUGAUGAACGGUUACUACAGGGGACGGCAACAUUUGAUCACACAGUGUCCCCUCUAAUGGCGGAAGCCUUAGCUGUAAGAUCAGCACUCCUCCAUGCCCUCGAAGCGGGGUACUCAAGAAUCUGCUUAAAAUCAGAUUGUCAAGCCCUCGUGGCUAUUAUCACCUCGACGUAUCACCCGACAGAGCUCUACGGAAUCACUCGGGACAUCGAGCAUCUAUCACUCUCCUUUGACUGCAUUAUGUUUACUUUUAUUCCUAAGAACCUUAAUGUUAUGGCUGAUUCACUUGCUAAAUCAGUCUUGUACUUGGCCACAGCCAACUAA